GACCAAUGAAGUCCGUUUUCCGUUGUAUAUCUGCGACUUCAAAGACACUGCUUUCACUAAGGGACUGUUUCUAAAUUACCAUUUUAAUUCAGAACAAUAUCCCACUCUUCGACAUUUAUUCAAAAUGUAUAUCUGUGACAGGUCCUUAAAUGGCAUCGCAAUAACGUGAGUACCAAUACAAAACUAACUUUACAAAUACGACUGCCCUGCCAGACGAUUCUAAUCGAUUGCCUAUUGUGUUGCACGGAACCAAGUCAGUGAGGUAAGGUUUAAAUGUGCAGCAGGAUGCAGUGUCCACCAUGGCCAAAGGGGAAGAAACUGGUUCACCUGGAUUUGAAAGGGGCCCCUCCAAGAACAGAAUACCUUCACCAGCUGAUCGAGCUGUUCUCACGGCUGGGAGUGGAUGGUCUCCUGGUGGAGUACGAGGACAUGUUUCCUUACCAGGGGGAGCUGAAGCUGCUGCAGGCCACAGCCCAAACUCCUUACAGCCGUGAGGAAAUAUUAAACAUGCAAGAGUUGGCCAAGUCCAAAGGCAUGGAGGUGAUCCCACUGGUGCAGACAUUUGGUCACCUGGAGUUUGUGUUGAAGCACCGCCCCCUGUGGGGCCUCCGAGAGCUGCCACACUGCGUUGGCACCCUGAAUCCACACACAGAGGACGGGUACCGGCUGGUGAUGGAGAUGCUGAGGCAGGUGGUGGAGCUGCAUCCGGGUGUGAACACACUUCACAUUGGAGCAGACGAGGUCUACAUGCUUGGUGAAGGUGAGCAGUCAAAGCAGUGGUUGGUGUCACCAGAACGUACAGUCCAGCAGCUUUUCCUAAAUCAUGUGACCAAAGUCGCCCAGGCCGUCAAGGAGGCUUGGCCUCAUAUUAACAUCAUCAUGUGGGAUGAUAUGAUGAGAGACAUGAGCCAGGACACACUGAAAGCCAGUGGUCUUGUUGGUCUUGUCCAGCCCAUGUUGUGGGACUAUACUCCUGACCUGGAUGUGGACAGAACAGUCUCUCUUCUUGAGAAGUACCACAGUGCAGGCAUGUCUGAGCUGUGGGCAGCCAGCUCCUUCAAAGGCUCCACCAGUGUUUACACCUGCGUGCUGCUCACACAGAGGCAUGUGGACAAUCAUCUACAGUGGCUGAAGGUGGCGUCGUCCUUAUCUGCUGGUGUGAAGCUCAGGGGCAUCGCCAUCACAGGCUGGCAAAGAUAUGACCACCUGUCUGUGCUGUGUGAGCUGAUACCUGUAGCUCUUCCAUCAUUAGCUGCCUGUCUGGAGACAUUGGUCCACGGUCAGUUCAGCAGCGAGGCUCAAAGCAAAGCCACUGAGAAGCUAGGUGUUUCCACAGUAGAAGUUAGUGCAUUAGAGAGACAAUCUCCAGUCAACUCCCUUUUUCCAGGAAGGAGGUUGGCUGAGGUGAUCGUGGAGCUGGAUGUGCUGCUGAACUUGGAGGACAUACGAUUUUUUGAAAGAAACAUGUACGUGAGAGGAUGGUUCAGCUUGUAUCAACGGCAGAGAAAGUUGGUGCACCCGCUCAUCACGAUGCAAAUUCACAGCCAAGCAUCAACAUUCCUGUCCUUGUUGCAACAGAAGACAGAGGCAGUCAGAGUGGAGAUGCUGGGUCUUUACCCAGAGUCAACUGUCCAAGAGUGGAUAGAGGAGCACGUCAGUCCAGUUCUGUUUCCUUUACAGCAGAUUACAGACGAGAUCAUGACCUGUAUGAAGGAAAUUGUUCCACAGAUUUAAUGUUUUAAAUGAACAACAUAUUAUUGUGGAAGUGGAAUUUUCUGCAACACAGUCCAAACCAGGGCAUGAAAAUGUAGUUUCGAGUCAUAAUAAAGGCCCAGUGUAUUUAGAAAUCACUUUUAUACCCAAAUUACAAAUAUGUUUACAAAGAUUGUUUUACAUAAUAAGCCCUGCCAUAGCCCUGAUUCUGUUGACAAAGAAAUAAUUUAAAUCACCAUCAUGUAAUGCUUCAGUCUUUGGUAAAUACACACAAAAGGUAAAUAAAAAUGUCAACUUUUGAAGAAAAAAAACUGCAAAAAAAAACAAUCUUGCCAACCA